AUGGUCGUCCUUCCUUCCGUCAUUCGAUUCUCAACGCGCUCGCUACGAUAUUCACGCUCGACGUCAGUACGUUUACUGUCUACUACAGCUCCUUUUGAUACACAGGUACCACACUAUGACGUAGUUGUCGUAGGUGGCGGUAUAAUAGGCUCUGCUUUGGCCUGUCAAUUAAAAAGUAGCCCCGUAUUCAAGGGCAAGAAUGUUGCAGUCAUUGAGACCAUAGCACCCCCUAUUGCUCCGUCUGUAGAAACAGACUCACCCGAUCUUCGUGUGUUUACUAUUACGCCAGCCAGUAAACGGGUACUGGAAAGCACUGGUGCUUGGAACCUCCUUGCUGACUGUAAUAAGGCCGUAUUCAAAGACAUGCAGGUCUGGGACGCCAUGGGGGACGGAUUCAUCCGUUUUGAUGCGAAAAAGGUGCAAAAGGACGUACUGGGCUAUGUACUGGAGCAUCGUGUACUGGUGCGUGCAUUGCACGACCGUAUGAACCAAUUGAAAGCUGACGCGGAUGACAGCGCUCCAUUGAAACUCUAUUGUCCUGCUAAAGUCAAGCACUUUCAGCGUCCUACUUCGGUAUCAGGUAUUUCUGAGAUUGGUCUUGAAGAUGGACAACGUAUGAAGGCGGACCUGGUGGUAGCUGCGGAUGGUGGUAAUUCCAUUAUUCGUACGCUCUCGGCUCUUGGAACUUGGGGAUGGGAUUAUGAUCAGCAGGCUGUCGUUGCAACGGUUGAAACCGACCGUGUCAAUGAGACAGCUUGGCAACGGUUCUAUCCUACCGGUCCUGUGGCUCUAUUGCCGAUGCGUGACGGCUACUCGUCUGUGGUUUGGUCGUGCUCAGCUGAUAUGGCAAAAGAACUUACAGCGCUCAGCUCUGAUGAAUUCGUGGCUCGUCUGAAUGAUGCCUACGCUGCCCCAUCGAUGACACCCGUGCCUCCUGAGUUUCCGGGUAUUCCAGUGCUGUCGGACUUGGUGCAGGGCGUGCAUCACGCUGCACACACGAUCAUGUCGGCGGCGGCUCUAUCGGAUCCGUUUGUCGCUCCGCCAAAGGCUGUGGCGACAGUGGGUCAUCGCUUUGCCUUUCCACUCAAGCUGAAGCACGCGACCAAGUACAUAAAGCCAGGUCUUGCCCUUGUGGGUGACUCCGCGCACACGAUCCACCCGCUUGCUGGUCAGGGUCUGAACCUUGGUCUAGGUGACGUGCAGUCUCUGAGCAAUCUCCUUGUUGAGGGUGUCAAGAGUGGUGAGAAUCUAUCAAGCGAGUACUUCCUGCAGCAGUACGAGGACGAACGUAUGAAGGCCAACAUCACUAUGCAGUUGGCCAUGGACGGUUUCAAGCGGAUGUUUGGCCCUACUCCCGAUGCGUUGUCUGUAGCACGCAACAUUGGCAUGGGCACGCUGAACGCCGCAGAGCCGCUCAAGAACGAGAUCAUGAAGUAUGCUAUGGGUUUGUAG